AUGUCUUCACUGAGGGCAAUUCAAGUCGAACUCAAGUCGAAGAAUUAUUCUUGUCAACGAUUGGUGAAAAUUGCUCGUACAUAUUCUUUCUUUGUUGUUUGUGAUGACGUUUAUAAUCUUUUGAACUACGAAGAAGGUCUUCCACCCCAUAGAUUAUUUUACUUUGAUAACCCAAAAGAUGAAGAUUUCAUAGGUGGAACUGUUAUUUCUAAUGGAUCUUUCUCCAAAAUCUUCUUUCUUGCAGUAAAUAUCUUGUGGGUAUUAAAAAAAACUCGUAUGAUGGAUUUUGGUGAGGUGGUUAAUCAUUUCAUGUCUGGCACAAUUGAAAGUUUUAUUUAUUUAGGACUCGCAGACGAAUAUAUUGAGUUGCAAAUGAAAAUUUUAAGAACAAAUUAUCGAAAUUUUGUAAUAUUUUGGAUCAAUUUUUUCCACGAGGCUGUUCUCAUAAGAGACCCAAAGGUGAUUAUUAUAUCUGGCUCGAACUUUAUCUAUAAUCUAUUACUUUACUUUAAUCUAUAA